AGACAGCCUUUGAACAUGAAUCAUUAUGCCAAUAAGAAGAGUGCAGCGGAGAGUAUGCUGGAUAUAGCCCUGCUCAUGGCUAACGCAUCCCAGUUAAAGGCUGUCCUGGAGCUGGGUCCCCAGUUCAAACUAUACACACCACUCAUCACACUCAUCAGCAUGUCCCUCUGUCUGCAGAUCCUGGUGGGAAUACUGCUCAUCUUCAUUGUGAAAUGGAACCUGAAUGAUCAUAGGAGGCAUUUCCAGCUUGAUGUUAUGGAAAAUAUUACUACAGGCUGCGUCUUCAUCAUCGUGGUUAUCAAUGUCUUCAUCACUGCCUUUGGCGUCCAGCUGCCCAAACAGAAUGAGUGA